AGUGGCGUGGAUGUUUUUCAAUUGUGUUGAUUUGUAUCAACAAAUACAAUUUUGACGUUGUCAUUAUCAUCAUCAUCAUAAUAAUCAUCAUCAUCAGUUUGAUGAUUUUUCUGGUGGAAUAUUUUCGAUUUUCAAUCUGAUCUGAUCGUCAUUAUCGUUCUCAUCAUAACAAUGGCUGAAAUUUCAAAAAAUGAAGCAUCGACAACGGCGACAAAUUCACAGCUAAAAUGUAAAUGUUAUAAAUUAUAUAUUGAAACAAUGAGUAUGGAAAUUGAUUCAAAAUUAUUAUAUCAAUUAAAUAAUGAACAUUUACAAAAACGUCGAUCGAAAAUCGAAUCAUAUCAAAAUUCAUUUGUUGAAAUUCAAUUAUCAUUAUUAACUAUUGAAAAUUUCGAUACUAUUGAUCCAAUUGAAAAUGAUCAUUCAUUGCUGAAAAUGUUGACAACGAUUGGAAAAACAUUGAAUUCAAUGUUAACAAUGAUUGAUUUGGCAAUUGAAAAUCGUCAACAGCAGCAACAACAGCAACAAAAAUUUAUGGAAAACAUAAAUAAUCAUGGCUAUUAUUCACCAUCAAUUCGUCAUGAUAUUGAUCGUUUAGAAUUGAUCAGUCAAUUUGGUGAUAAUGAUGAUUAUGAUGAUGAUUCAAUGUCGAUUAAAACAACCGAUUGUCGUUCGGUUUAUGAUUUCGAUGAUUAUCAUUCUCAACAUAAACAAUCACAUAAUCUUGUUCCAAAUGAUCGUCAUAAUUUUUCAAUGUCAUUAUCAAAUCUUAAGCAAUUCGGUCCGGAUAAAUCAAUUCGACGUUUCAAUAACAAUGUUGAUAGUCAAUCAAUCAAUGGUGUUUCCAACGAUCAUAUUCUAUCACCAUCCUCAUCUUCCAUUUAUUUAACACCUUUAUCAACAUUUUCAUCAUCAUCAACUGCUCCCAUCGCUAAUCAUAAUUCGAAAUUGAAUCUUGAGCCAAAUGUUUCUGUUUUGGGUGAUGUUCAACCAGAAAAAAAUGAUCAAAACAAAUUAACAGCAACAAUAACAGCUACUGCAACGACAACAACAACAGCAACAAGUAAAACAUCUCAACCAUCAACGUCAUCAUCAACAUUGUCAAAACCGAAUUCAACAACAACAACAACAACGAAAAAAAUGCAAAACAAUCAGGAUUUUAUAUUUACAUUCAAACAGAUAAUCAAACAAAUCGAUACAAUACCGACAAACAGUUCGGAAACAAAACAUUUAGAUUAUUUAAGUGCAAAAAUUCAUAAUCUACCUAUUAAUAACAUGGAAAGAAUGGAUUUAAUGGUUGAUGAAUUAUAUCGACUAUUAAUCGAAUCAAUUUAUAUGAAUAAUUUUCCAUUAUAUUUAAAAUUAUUGUUUCGAAUAUUGAAUAUUUCGGUUAAACGACCUCCACAACCGCAGCAACAAAAUGGACAACAGCAAUCACCACAACAACAACAACAACAAAAUGGACAAAUCACUAAAUAUUCAAUACGUGAUUCAUUGAUGAAAAAAUGUGAUCAAAUAUUUUUCAAUAAACAACAACAACAAUCGAAUAAUAGCAGUUUCAAGAUGGAUGCAAAUUAUUCAUUAACAAUGGAAAAAUUAGAAUCAUAUGGUUGUUAUUUAUUUGAAACAAUCGUUUCAGAAAGAAGAAAUUAUUUAGCCAAUAUACGGUUAAUGUCACAAUUAUUUCGUAAUAAUUCAUUUGAUCAAAAACGUUUAUAUCCAUAUCUUAAAUAUUUAAUUAUCGAUAAUGUUGGUGUACAUUUUUAUCUGGAAUGUUUUAUUAUAAUGAUUGUUGGCAUCGGUGUUGGACCAUUAAGUGGUUUAUAUAAACAAAAAAAUUGGACAAUUCGUUAUGAAAUUUUUAAUCGUUUCUGUUUGAAUAAAUAUCAUAAUUUGGAUCAAUCGAUACGUAAUGCUGCACAAUUUAUUUGUCAAUUGGAAAAACGUUGUUGGAAAUUGUAAUUUUAUUUAAAAAAAAAAAAAAAA